AUGAAGAGGUUCACCUCCACUCUGUAUUUGAGUGUACUUGCCUACAUCUAUACCGCCACCGCUCUGGAUGGACAGGCUUGCUUUGAGAUCUGCUACAGGCCGGCUCUAGAAGAGCAGUGCCCUGAUGCGAAUCUCGAAUGUGUUUGCAAGAAUGACCAGUUCCUAUCGCUUCUCAAUAUGUGUAUUCAGCGGACGUGCCGGGAAUCGCUUUACGAGGCGGAAGCUAUACAUGUCGCCAUGUCAAGUGUACCGGAAAUCCUGGGAAUGGACCAUGCAGCAACUGUUCCAGGUUGGAGCUCAGCUGUAGCUUCGCCGCAUCGCCUGGUGCUUCCGAGGAAGUGCUCUGGAGAUUUGCCCAAGUGUAAGAGAUGCGAGUCCGCGAACCUGGUCUGCGAGUAUACGCCCACCAGGCGGCGGUUCACCAAUGUUCGCUUCCACAGCCCGAAGGCUGAGGAUCAAGCUCCUUCUACUCUGCAUCCUCUGAAGCAAGAAGAAAACUCAGCGAUCAGUCCCGCAAGCAGCACUAGCACCGGGAUUCCAGCCUAUCUUCUUGAGUCGACUAACUUCCAGGCUGAGGAAAUGCUACUUCGAAGAGACGUUAUUCUUACCCAUUUGGAUGCAUAUUUCGAUUUCCUCUAUAUGAUGCCAAGCUUGGGUUUCCUGCACCCUAAGGUCACUUACCGGGACGUUCAGGAAAACAGAUUCCCUCCUGCUCAAGCAGCGGCCGUAUGCUCUGUUACUAGUUUCUUCGUCAGCCCUGGCCCGGCCGGCCGGGAGUUUGGAAGGAAAUGUAGCCAGCAAGUCGAAACGCACAUUUACCGCAACAUCUACAAGUUCUCUGAGAGCGCUCUCUUCUUGUUCGCCCUCAACAUUCUAUUCAACAUCCUCGAUGGCUCUCACGCAAAAGUCUGGCAAUGUUUUGGCGUGGCUUCGAGGCUCAUGAUUGGCUUGCAGCUGAACUGGGACGUCACGUCACACCACACUUCGUUUAUUCAGCAGGAAUGUCUUCGGCGUAUUGCCUGGCAGCUUUUCAGUCUCGACCGUCUUUUGGCAGGCGGCUAUGAAGAAUACAUAUCUUGUCGAGCCGAGAACAUGAAGAUCAGGCUGCCCUGCAACGAGGCUGCUUUUAGGGAGAACCGACCGGUUGUUGCAGAGAGACUUCAUGACAGGCCCACCCGCUGCUCACCUGCUCUUGGACUUCACGGCAUCCAGAUCCUUCUUGUUGAUCUACGGCAUCGCAUACAAGUAGCUACGAAGAGGCUAUCCGUGCCAUCUGGAUCACCCAUAGUGUCCCUCGAGCCAUCAAAGGUCAUGGAGGAUAUCGCUGGGCUGCAGAGCGAACUAACCAGGUUCCAUAUCUCUAUACACGACGAUCUGCGACUGACCGAUCAAAGCAUGUCACGGUACGCUGCCUCGGAACAGUGGAGGGGGUACUGUUUCUUCCAUACUCACAUGGCUGUGAGCCAUGUCGACCUUUACCGGUUCUCAUUGCCCGGUCCCCGGAAUCAAGCAUCCAUCGAGAUUCUCCGGAGGCUCCCUCCAGAUUUCAUUGCGCGGUCGCAGAGACAAGCAGUCGCCCAUGCCCUGAGUUUGGCCAAAUUUUUGGACGCCAUCAAGAUCGAGACCGACAGGAUGCCAAAUCCCGGCACCCCCAAACUUGUUGGCGACUACUCGGUUGCACACAUGUCCACUCAGUGUAUCCGAGUACUACUCAUCGCUCUGCAGUACAACUUGUACGAAAAUAUGGGUGACACCACAGCGCCGGUUUGGCGAGGCGCCGAGACAAGUGAGGCACAGAUCAGAUCGCUGAUCGAGAGCAUCAUGGAGAUUACCGAGGUCUGGGGCGAGAUAUUCGACAUAGCUAAGCAAGCUCACGACUGUAAUAAGGCGAUGGUGGAAGACUUCUACAAAAACGGAAAGAUACUCGAUCGAGGUAACGCAGCAAUCAUUACCGGACAAGCACCAGGCGAGGAGAAGUUCAUGUUUGGAUCGGAUGUUCUUAUUGAGCGAAUGAACAUCCCCGACCUGAAAGACGAACAGAGGAGCCGAGCCGCGAAUAUGCCCGUGUCUGACUGGUGGAUGGGACCGUCAACGACCCAGCCACUCUCCACCAAGGCCGCGUCACCUCUGCCGAUGCCGUAUUCCACUCCGGAGGCGGGCUUUGACGGCGAUCACGGCCCGCCAGGCGUCCCCUUGUUCCUCGCUCAAGCGCGCAACGUCUCCCUGGGCAUCAGCGACACUUACGACCCAGAGACGGCCGUGGGCAUGCAGCCGUCAGACAUGCUGGCCAUGAUGCCCAACAACUACCAGAUGAUGCAGCCGUCAGACGUGCUGAGCGGGAACAGCGGGAUGCCGAUGCUGCGCAUAGACGACACCCUCCCCGGCCAGGCCAUGUUUCGACAACCAGACGUUCCGCCUGCUCCGCCACAGCCCUUCAUCGCGUCUCAGCCGGGGAUGAUGAUGAACGGGUACGUGCCACCGUAUCCAGGGGGGCAUACCAGUGCGCCUGUAUAUCCUCCGCAGCACAAUUUUGGUUAA